UUCAAUGACGUAAUAAGGCCGGCCGCGGCGAUGGUGUGUAGGCGCGUGAGCGAGCCGCCUCAUGAAUUUUUAUCUCGCACGUACACACGACGUCCGGCUAGCUACACACGUACACUGCAUCAGUCACGCCGACCAGAAAUUGAAAAUGACUACAUACACGGACAAGGGCCAAAAGCCCGAGAAAGGACGUUUCAUCGCGUUUGAUCAUCUGACAUUCUGGGUCGGAAAUGCCAAGCAGGCAGCCUCGUACUAUUGCGCUCGUAUGGGAUUUGAACCCUAUGCCUACAAAGGCUUGGAAACGGGGAGUAGAGAGGUGGUAUCACAUGCAGUCAAGCAGGACAAGAUUAUUUUUGUCUUCCAAUCUCCGUUGAACCCGACUGGCAAAAUAACAGAAGAGAUGGGAAGGCACCAGACUUUCCACGGCGAUGGUGUUAAAGACAUUGCAUUCGCAGUGGAAGACAUCAUGUCCAUUUUUAAGAAAGCUCGCGAGCGAGGCGCAACCGUUGUCAAGGAACCUUGGGAGGAGGUUGAUGACGAAGGUGGCUCCGUCACGUUUGCUCAGAUCCAAACGUAUGGGGACACUACUCACACAUUUGUGGAGAGGCGCGAUUUCAAGGGUCUAUUCCUGCCGGGAUACAAAGCACCAAUGUUUCAGGAUCCACUGACAAAAAUCCUGCCUCCUGGGAGACUGAACUUCGUGGACCACGUUGUUGGGAACCAACCUGACGAAGAAAUGGAGACAAUUGCUGAAUGGUACGAAAAAAACCUUAUGUUCCAUCGCUUCUGGUCGGUGGACGAUAAACAGAUUCACACGGAGUACAGCGCACUGCGUUCCAUUGUCGUCACCAAUUAUGAGGAGACAAUCAAGAUGCCCAUCAACGAACCGGCAAACGGCAAACGGAAGAGCCAGAUCCAGGAGUACGUCGAUUACUAUGGCACCGCAGGGGUCCAGCACAUUGCGAUGAACACGGACAACAUCAUCGAGGCGGUGGGCAACCUCAAGGCCAGGGGCCAGAACUUCUUGACCAUCCCCUCCACGUAUUACAAGAAUCUACGGGAGAGGCUCAAGACUGCCAAGAUCAGCAUUACCGAGAACCUCGAUAUGAUUGAGAAGUUGAACAUCCUGAUUGAUUUUGAUGAGAACGGUUACCUGCUGCAGAUAUUCACCAAGCCCAUCCAGGAUCGCCCCACUGUCUUCCUGGAGGUUAUCCAACGCCACAACCACGAAGGUUUUGGCGCAGGGAAUUUCAAGUCCUUGUUUGAGGCCAUUGAGCAGGACCAGGCCGAGAGAGGGAAUCUUCACUAGCGUGUCAAGUCCUCCACAGACAGCAAAGAAGGGA